AUGCCGUCACUCGUACCGUCGUCGCUCUUGCUGCUGCUGCUGCUACUGUAUGGAGUAUGGCUGCACGAUGCCGUCGCUUCUAUCUACCCUAUCGAGAGCAGCUACUGGGUGCCUCCAUUCCAACGUGCAGAGAAGCUGUUCGCCACCGACCAAGGCCCCAUCCUCGCACGCACUGGGAACUCGACAGUCACUGUCGAUAUUCGCGGCGUCAACGUCACGCAGGACAUGAGUGGCUGGAGACUGGUCGUCUUUUUCUACCACGUGGACAGCUACGAGGAGUUUGAAGCAGUAUCGGGCAAGAUUGAGCUGCUGGCCUGUUCCAGCACGGAAGGUGUUAAGCUCGACGGUAUGUCGAACGUCGAGCGCUUUGUCUCUCGCGUGGGCAACGAUUCAAUGCCCUCAGUGAGCGCCAAUGUGUCGCACUUCGUUAAUUUCAGCGGCUGGACGGAUACGCAGGUGUUUGUUUGUGCUGAUGACGUGAACGCAGCGACGGAGACACUGACGUUUGCAGGCUCGAUGGAGAUUCGCAAUCCCUAUGGCUUGCUGCCGGCGGUGCUGUACGGCAUGCUACCGUUCAGUGGCUUCCUGACAGCUGGAUACCUGAUGUUGGAUGUGUUUUUCGCGUUCCUGUUGAUCCGCCAUCGUCACCAGCUACUGUCUCUGCAUUGGGGCAUUGCUUUGAUUUUGAUCAUGGGAACGGCUGCGUCUGCAGUUUGGCUCUACGCGCUAUACCGGAUGAAUGAAACGGGUGAACCGGUGUGCUGUCCUUACCCAACGACAUUUUUGGUCGCGGUGAUAUUGGACACGCUGGUGCGCACCCUGGCUCGUAUUAUCCUGUUGGUCGUGUGCCUUGGCUACGGUAUUGUUCGCAGCCAUUUGAGUCGUCUUGAAGUUGCCGUGACUGCUUUCUUGUCACUGGCCUACUUUGUGUCGGGGAUCGCUGACGAAGUCACACGCGGCACCUCUAGUGGUGCUGACUUCCGUGAGAAGCCAACGGCUUGGUCAUUUCUCCAGUUGUUGUGUAAUCUUGCGUUCAUCAUGUGGAUUCAAUACUCCAUGGAGCACAUUCUGCGUGACUUGCAGGAUCAGAAACAGUUUGCCAAGUUCAACAUGUAUCGUUGGUUGGCGUGGUCGCUCGCUGGCUUCAUCGUGUUUUUCACCGCUCUCACGGUUGUGGCCGUUUGUGGUCGGCUUGGCGUCUUUGAGUGGGACGUCGAGUGGGAGUGGAUGCAGCUUGUGGCUUGGCCUGUGCUGAACUUCACUGUGUCAGCUGCUAUGACUUUCAUUUGGCGGCCGACUCAGAACAGCUCGCAAUUUGCGUACUCCAUGCAGUUGCCGAUGACGGAUAGCCCAGGUCUCGAGCUGACACGUAAGACACAAGGCUCGUCGUCGGAGGAUGACAUCGAUCCGGAGGUUGAGUCCGACUCGGAUGAAGAGGACUGUCGUACUCCAGUUGCUGAGAAGAAGAAGGUCGACAACGGCAACGAUUCCGACGACGCGGAAGGAGUGUAG